UCCCCAACCGAGACAAUAUAAUCAGUUGAACGAUUGAGCAUUCGUGACUCUUUAAAACGCCAGAGCACCGUGAGCUCCUUUUUUUACAAUGUCGGUUUUAUUUGUUGCGUUUAUUUUUGGAGCAUUUUCGAAAAUUGGAAUUGUGAGCGGUCUUCGAGUGUACAUCGAGGACAUUUCAUUGGAAGAUGUCGACUCCGAAUAUUUCGACGUCGACAAUACCGACGGUUACGUUAUCGAUAAUACAAUCAGUACAAAUCUUACUGUGAUUAAACAAUUGCCAGACGAUACUGAGGCUCAUUUCAAAAUAUCUGGAUUGUCAAUGGGCAAGUACACGUUGCCUACCGGCGUGGACGUCAGGAUGCCAAUUUGUGAAGUUCAAGAUGAGCCGAUCAUACUGGGUCCAUUUUUUUCUGUACUGGGUUUUUCGGAGGAACAUUGUCCACCGGAGCCGGGCAAUUACCAUAAAGAGGGCUACACUUUACCAAUGGAAAAUUUGCCGGACGAUUUUCCCAACAACAAAUAUCAGGCGCUCUUUGAAAUCACUGCUGGCGAUGAGAGCAUUCUCUCAGCUGAAGUCUAUUGUGACGUACAAACGUAACCUGCUGACUCUCAAUCAAUGAUUAAAUAUUAAAGAAAACGUAAUGCAAAGCGUAACUUGAAACGAACAAUAAAAACCUCCUUUCCUGACGGACUUGAUUUCGGCAACGAUACAAAUGGCACUCGCUUAUUCCUUAUUAAGCUUAUUAUCGAAUAAAAUCUCAUUGUGGUAAACGGCACAGAAAA